AUGUUCCUUUCGAUGUGGAUCUCCAAUGUGCUGGCUUGUGGCUUUAUGAUGCCUCUUGUCAAAGCCAUACUCGCUGAACUAGAGAAGAUGGGAAUACUAGAAAUUUAUCAGAUUAUCGGAAAAGCUCAACAAAUAUCAAUUCGUCAUGAAGAUAGAAAUCAAAAUGAAAUAGCAUUACAAAUGACAGAAGAAGAGGCGCAGUACAUUGACACGCUGUUGGCGACACAGUAUCACCAAUUAGGGCAGAUCAAAUUUCACGAAUUUGCCGUGGCGACUGUCGUUAUGCUGACUUUGGUUCUACAACCGAUCGACAGCACCGUCCGCAUCGAUCACCAGGGUGAUGCAGGAUAUCACGAUCAAAUCUAUGUCUCAUCACCCUGUUUAAUGGGUGUCAUAUUGCUGUUCAUCAUGCCUGUAAACCUGGAUUUUCUCAAGUUCUUCAAAUGGGGCUCUGAGAGCAGCGAUCCUUUACCCCGUACCCAAAGCAAAUCAUGUCUAAAUUGGGCCUUACUGAACAGUGAAAUGAAUUGGAGCGUGCCGAUUAUAUUAGCUGGUAGCAGUACUCUAUUUGAAUCCCUGAGAGAUUCUGGAAUGACAGACGAGUUCGAGGCUUUCUUCUUACAUUUCGCUAACUUGCCUCUAACAGCCACUAUAUUUGUCACCGUGUUCUUCUGUAAGAUUCUUACAGAGUUUGCUUCUAGCUCUGUCGUUGUUUAUGGUCUACUGCCUAGCGUUGCAAAGAUGAGUAUCGUAUGUGACAUCAACCCUCACUACAUGAUGUUGGCCGUCACCCUCGGCAGCUGUUUAUCGUUUCACCUGGUGACAGGAGCUGCCGUUAACGCUAUGGUGUGUUCAUAUGCGCAUAUCCCGCCUUGGAGAAUGAUGAGUGCAGGUCUCGGGCCAUCGGUGAUCGCCGUAGUAGUGGUGUGGUUUACAGUCGCUAUAUGGUCCACUGCCAUUUGGACGGACAUCAACCUAUACCCUCAGUGGGCUGACAUUAAUAUAUUUAAAAUGAUUAAUAAACAUACUUAA